AUGAAACUCACUGCCAUUACCCUCGCCUCAACAUUGGCAGGCUCUGCUCUUGCCGGAGUCCAUAAAGUCGAUAUUAAGAAGAUGGACACUAAUGCUCGCUACCAUGGUGAAGCUUUCCAGGACCAUCUUCGCUCUCUUGGACAAAAGUACAUGGGCUUGGCCCAAAAGUACGGUGCUAAAGACAGCCAAGUUCCCUUUAUUGGAAACAAUGUGAAUGCCGAUGGCGACUAUAGCGUGCCUCUUGGUAACUACCUUAACGUUCAAUACUUUGCCGAUAUUACCCUCGGAACCCCUCCUCAAGCUUUUAAGGUUGUUCUGGACACUGGCUCUUCCAACCUAUGGGUUCCUGGCGCUGAUUGUAACUCAAUUGCUUGCUUUUUGCACAGCCGUUAUGACUCUUCUGAGUCUUCCUCCUACAAGGCCAAUGGCACGGAGUUUUCCAUCCAGUACGGCUCUGGUAGCGUGUCUGGUUUUAUUUCUCAAGAUACCUUGACCCUGGGCGACCUUGUGAUUCCCAAGCAGGACUUUGGUGAGGCCACAAAUGAGCCUGGCUUGGCUUUUGCCUUUGGCAAGUUUGACGGUAUUCUCGGUCUCGGCUUUGACUCAAUUUCCGUCAACCAUGUUGUUCCUCCCUUUUACAAUGCUCUCAACCAGGGCCUGCUGGACGAGCCCGUCUUUUCCUUUAAGCUUGGCGAUGCUGAUAAGGAUGCUUCUGAUGGUGGUACUUUUACCAUUGGUGGCACUGAUAAAUCUCUUUACACUGGAGACAUUACUUGGCUUCCUCUUCGUCGCAAGGCUUACUGGGAGGUUAAGUUUGAUGCCAUUUCCCUGGGUGGCGAAACUGCCGAAUUGGAAAACACUGGUGCUGUUGUUGACACUGGAACUUCGCUCUUGACUUUCCCCUCUGCUCUUGCUGAAAUGAUUAACUCUCAGAUUGGUGCCACCAAGGGCUGGAAUGGUCAAUACACUGUUGACUGUGCUUCUCGUGAAUCUCUUCCUGAUCUCACAUUUAAUUUUGAUGGAUUUAACUUUACUCUUACUGGCUUUGAGUACACUUUGGAAGUUUCUGGCUCGUGCAUUUCAGCCAUCACUCCUAUGGAUUUCCCUGAACCUGUUGGUCCUCUUUCCAUUGUGGGUGAUGCCUUUUUGCGCAAGUAUUACUCCAUCUAUGACUACGGCAAGAGUGCUGUUGGUCUGGCCAAGGCUGCCUAG